UGCCACAUCUUCUCCUUACAUCUUUCUCUUCUUCCUCCUCUCUCCUUAGUUCCUUAUUCUCCAAUUUUUCCUUUAACAAAAAAAUUCUCCUUUCGCUGAAUAGCGAUGUAAGUACAUCUUGCUGAUUUUAUAAGAGCGGAUCCUCUAACAACAUAUAUGUCGCUAUAAAAAUCGGUGCCCUUUUGAUUUUCUCAGACCUCCACGUAUAUCUCUUUUUCGCCACAAAGAAGAGAACCAAAAGAUUAGAAAAGACCCCGAGCUAGGGUUUCAUUGUGUCCAAAGAUUUGAAGGGAAAUCAAAAGCUAAAAAGAACUACAGAACCGAUAUAGGGAUCAAUCAUCAUCACCAUGUAUCAUCCAAACAUGUUCGAGUCUCAUAAUCAUAUGUUCGAUAUGAUAAAGAGCUCUGACAAUGAUUUGGGUCUUACGGGGAGCCGAGAAGACGACUUCAAGACUAAGUCUGGCGCAGAAGUCACCAUGGAGAAUCCUUUAGAAGAAGAGCUUCAAGAUCCUAAUCAGCGUCCCAAUAAAAAGAAACGAUACCACCGUCACACGCAACGCCAGAUUCAAGAGCUUGAGUCGUUCUUUAAAGAAUGUCCUCAUCCUGAUGAUAAGCAAAGAAAAGAGUUGAGCCGAGAGCUAAAUUUAGAACCUCUUCAAAUCAAAUUUUGGUUCCAAAACAAGCGCACUCAAAUGAAGGCACAACAUGAGAGGCACGAUAACUCAAUUCUGAAGUCAGACAACGACAAGCUAAGAGCAGAGAACAAUAGGUACAAGGAUGCUCUAAGCAACGCAACAUGUCCAAACUGUGGCGGUCCUGCUGCUAUAGGAGAAAUGUCAUUCGACGAACAGCAUUUAAGGAUUGAAAACGCACGUCUACGCGAAGAAAUAGAUAGAAUCUCUGCCAUAGCUGCUAAAUACGUAGGGAAGCCAAUGUUGGCUCAUUCCUCGCCUUUCUCUCAGCUCACAUCUUCACACCACAUUCCCUCACGCUCGCUUGAUCUUGAAGCUGGGAGCUUUGAGAACAACAACAGCCAGACGGGUUUUGCCGGGGAGAUGUAUAGAACAAGCGACUUUAUGAGGUCGAUUUCGAUCCCUUGUGAGGCUGAUAAACCAAUGAUUGUUGAGUUAGCGGUUGCAGCCAUGGAAGAGCUAGUGAGAAUGGCUCAGACUGGUGAUCCCUUGUGGGCUUCAAGUGAUAGUUCGGGUGAGAUUCUCAAUGAAGAGGAGUAUUUUCGAACGUUCCCUAGAGGAAUAGGGCCUAAACCAAUCGGUAUGAGAUCAGAAGCUUCUAGAGAGUCAACGGUUGUCAUCAUGAAUCAUAUCAACCUCGUUGAGACUCUAAUAGAUGUGAAUCAAUGGUCUAGUGUGUUCUGCGGGAUUGUAUCGAGAGCAUUGACGUUAGAAGUUCUCUCUACUGGCGUUGCUGGAAACUAUAAUGGGGCACUACAAGUGAUGACAGCAGAGUUCCAAGUCCCAUCACCGCUUGUUCCGACACGUGAGAACUACUUUGUUAGGUACUGUAAGCAGCAUAGCGACAGUACUUGGGCGGUUGUUGAUGUCUCUUUAGAAAGCCUACGACCGAGUCAGAUCACUAGAAGCAGAAGAAGACCCUCUGGUUGUCUGAUUCAAGAAUUGCAGAAUGGCUAUUCCAAGGUGACUUGGGUAGAACAUACAGAGUUCGAUGAUAUAUCGGUCCAUGCCAUGUAUAAACCGUUGGUUAAUACCGGUUUAGCUUUUGGUGCGAAACGUUGGGUGGCGACACUUGACCGCCAAUGUGAGCGGCUCGCGAGUUCGAUGGCCAGCAACAUUCCAACCGGUGAUCUUUCCGUGAUAACGAGUCCUGAGGGGAGGAAGAGCAUGCUGAAACUGGCGGAGAGGAUGGUGAUGAGCUUCUGUAGCGGAGUCGGCGCGUCGACUGCACACGCCUGGACGACACUUGCCGCCACAGGAUCUGACGAUGUUCGGGUCAUGACUCGGAAAAGCAUGGAUGAUCCGGGAAGGCCUCCGGGUAUCGUCUUGAGCGCCGCUACUUCGUUUUGGAUCCCAGUGGCACCUAAACGAGUGUUCGAUUUUCUCAGAGAUGAAAACUGCAGAAGCGAGUGGGAUAUACUUUCGAACGGAGGCUUGGUUGAAGAAAUGGCUCAUAUCGCAAAUGGUCGUGAUCCUGGGAACUCUGUCUCCUUACUGAGAGUCAAUAGCUCGAACUCAGGACAGAGCAACAUGUUGAUCUUACAAGAAAGCUGUACGGACGCAUCAGGAUCCUACGUGAUAUACGCACCAGUUGACAUGAUGGCUAUGAACCUUGUCCUGAGCGGUGGCGAUCCAGAUUACGUGGCUUUGUUACCAUCCGGAUUCGCUAUACUGCCUGAUGGCUCUACAAGUGGAGGAAGCGCUGGCGCCGGAGCUGCAGGAGAAGUGGUUACUUCCACAGCAAGUAAUUGCGGUUCACUACUGACGGUAGCGUUUCAGAUACUUGUUGACUCUGUUCCAACCGCUAAACUCUCUCUAGGCUCAGUGGCUACAGUCAACAGUCUCAUCAAAUGCACCGUACAGAGUAUCAAGGAUGCUUUGGCAUGUGAUGGAGCUUGAAGUUUUUCAGAAGUGAAAGAGGACAUAGUAAAGGAAGGUGUAGGAGUUUUUUUCUUGGUAAUAUUUGUUUCUUGUUUUAAUAGUCUUGUGAGAUUCUCCAAAGGAAGUCAAGAACGCACCUUUUUGCGUUUAAUCUCAUUGCGCGUUUGUAUGCGGGUGGGCCAAAAAGAGGCUUGAGAACGGGUAAAGAGGUUCGGGUAUUGACUUCUGCUGGGAACAAAAAAAUGGUUUGUUGUGAAUUCAGGCGGUUUUGCGUUUGCGUUUGCAUUUUCUCUGUUAUUAUUUUAUCUUCCACUAGAGGACAUCUUCACGUUUUGCGUCUAAUAAGUGUAUCCUGCUACUCUUUGUUAUUAUUAUUAAGCCACUUUGGUACUAAAAUAUUGUCGAUGAAACUGUGUAAAUCACUAAAAGAAUUAUGUUUAUCUC